UAUGAAUAUAUAUAUAUAAAUAUAUAUAUAUGCACUGAUCGUCUUUGUGACACUUGCAGAACCCUCAGCUAUUAUAGUUACUUCCUCUAAAGUCAAAAUGGCUUUAGCAGCUUCACACAGCAGGUCAGUUAUAUUUGGCAAGUGUAAUAUUCUGUAUAAUGUUACAGUGAGGCAAACCUGCCUGUUGUUUUCGACUAAUGGCGUUAUCUCAGAUGGCCAGAGGAAACCAGCACCGAAGAGACAGUGGAGAAAAAGUCAGAAGUCAUCUCCCUGUUCUGAUCAUCUGUCCUGGGAGGAAAGGCUGGCUGAUGUGGUCACUCCUCUGUGGAGGCUGAGUUAUGAUGAGCAACUUGAGUUCAAGCAAAAGCAUCAGGAAAGGAUUCUGUCUCAGCUCUCCGUGCAUCUCACAGGUGACUUACAAUCAUCAGCUGUCAGAAGUAAACCCAGCUUCCCUGUCUUGCCUGUUCUGCCAUCGCCAGUAAGGGAUGGCUACCGCAACAAGUCUACGUUUUCUGUAAACAGAGGAGUGGAUGGAAACCCAAAGACGGUUGGUUUUUACGUGGGUACAGCCAAGAGGGGAAACAUUGUCUGCGUCAACGGAGACCACCUGCUCAACAUGCCUAUGAAGCACAAUCUGGUAGCCAAGUGUUAUCAGGACUUCAUCCGCCUUUCGUCCCUGGAGCCCUGCCUGCUGUUCCACACUGGGGGUCACUGGAGAGAGGUCACAGUGAGGACCAACGCAGAUGGCCGCACCAUGGCGAUAGUGUACUUUCAUCCACAGGCGCUCACUCCAGAUGAGGUGGCCGUCCACAAGGCUGACCUGGUGGAGUACUUCACGCGGGGGCCUGGAUUGGUCUGUCAGUUGGACUCACUGUUGUUCCAGGAGAGCACCAUGACUCGCUGCACUCAUGAGGAAUCCCCCUACCAGCUCCUGCAUGGUCAGCCACACAUAUACGAAGAGGUGCUGGGCUACAAAUUCCGCAUUUCUGCCGAUGCCUUUUUCCAGGUGAACCAGGCAGCUGCUGAGGUGCUAUACAGCACAGUGAGACACCUGAGCGUCCCAGACCCUGCAGAGGGUGGAGGCAGAACAAAAGUCGGUGGUACUCUCUUGGAUGUGUGCUGUGGGACGGGUGCCAUUGGCAUUACCACAUCUCCCAGAGUGGACAGAAUUAUUGGUAUAGAGCUCAUAGAACAGGCGGUGGAAGAUGCUCGACACAACGCAGCUCUCAAUAAUGUACUGAACUGUGAGUUUAUCCCGGGGAAGGCGGAGGUGGUGCUUCCUGGCCUAAUGUCCCAGUUGAGCUCCGCAUGUGGCGGACCUGUUGCAGCUGUGGUAAACCCAGCUCGAGCUGGUCUGCACCACAGAGUGGUCCGAGCUUUGCGAAACCAACCUGCCAUCCGCAGGCUGGUCUAUGUUUCCUGUAAACCGGAUGGGGAGGCUAUGAGGAACUUCAGGGAGCUUUGUUGUGCUCCGGACCCCGAGAAGAAACUCACAGGAGAGGCGUUUACUCCAACUCUGGCUGUGCCUGUGGAUAUGUUCCCACAUACCCCUCAUUGUGAAGUGGUGCUUCUUUUUGAGAGGUAGCAGGUGUUUUUGGGUUCAGAGGAGAUCUUUAACUUUUCAACAGCUGGUGGUGGCUUUCAAGAGCUAAUGGGGCGUUGAAUAAUGAUGUAUGAUAAAUGAUAAUGGGUUAUCUUCCACCCAUGGUUCACCCACAAAGGUGUUUUCACGUAUUUGAUUGAAUAGAUCCCCUUCAGUACUUUGUUUUAGGGCUGCAACAAAUUGUUAGUUUUCAUAAUUUAUUUUGAUUAAUUUUGUGCUCUAUAAAAUAUCAGAAAAUAUACUGCAAGGUGAUGCUUUCAAAUUGCUUGUUUUGCACAAACCAACAAAUCCAAAACUCAUAUUAUAUAUUCAUUUAAUAAACAUAUAGACGAGUUCACACAUUUGAGAAGUUGAAGCCAGCAAAUGUUGCUGCUGAUUAAUUUUCAGCAGAUCGUCUUAUCCGCACUACUGUGAUUUUGCUGUUCAUGUAGACAUCUUACACCUUUCUUUGUCUGGUUAGUUAGCAGGUGGGAGGGGACAUUAGAGUGGAGUCAAUGCAUCUUUUACACAGUGUGUAUACAUGAUACGCUUCACAACAUUUGCUGCAGGGCUAUCCCAUUAGAUUUCAUUAUAUUGUGAUAUCCCUAAUACUGUGUCCAACUCAUGUCGUAGGUUUAAGUACUUCUCUUCGUUUGCCUUGUAGUAGCUGUAUUUGUCCAGCAGAUGGUGCCAUUACAACUUCUUCUGAGACAUUUUUUUAGGAGACAUCCCAUUCAUUCCAGUUUACUAAGGGUCAAUAACAUAUCAUGAGUGUACAGUAGAGCGAGCAGAGGGUAACUACCGUUUAUGUGAAGUCAUACAUUGCAACAAGGGCGGCCUUGCCUUUUUAGAUAGGGAGUUUUUUAUCUCUGAAGUUAAGUAAUGGGAUGAUGAUGCAGGAUAAGCACUGAUACUGGGGAUUUUUCUUUUUUACCCCAACAACACUAUCUAUGUGCUAUCUAUGUGUUUGAUAUUCUCAUAUAUUACUCAUUUCUGCUUCUCUUAUGGCUUACUUUUGCAAAACUAGGA